AUGUCCAACCUUGAACAAGCCAUUUUAGCUUUAUAUAACUCGAACCUACCUCUACACGCAAGAGAGCAAGCUAUCCAGAUAACUGAGUCUGCGAAAUCAGAUCUCUCACUAUAUAGCUACGCUUUACAAAAAAUCCUGGAAUUAUGCUUAGAUAAUCCUAACACGCUAACCCUCCUUUUUUGGUAUUUUCAAGUCAUUGAAGAAGCCUUCCAAGCACGCUACUCCUCAUUUGAUGCACCAACAAAAGAGCAAAUUCGGAAUUUCCUUAUAUUUGUAAUUGAAAAUAGAUCAGAUAUUUUAGAAUUUCAUUACGGGAUUUUAAAUAAAUUUACUCUUUUGUAUGUAAGGGUUAUACAAAAUGAUUAUCCUCAAAUAUGGCCUGAAGCUUUUGAUUUUGCUAUAGGAAGGGCUCUUAAAAGCAGCAUCCACUUAAAAUUUUUUUUAACAUUGCUUAUCCCUUAAAAUAAUAAAAUUUAUUUUAAUUUUGUACUUAUAUUUUGUAUAAUCAUAAUUAGCUAACAUUUAUAAGAAAAGUUAAGAUUUUUAAUGAAGAAUUUGAAGAACAGUUUUUCGGCUCAAUGUCAAAUGACUGUGGAAAUUUGAUAGUGCGAAAUCUCCUAGGGGAAAAUUUAUUCGAAUCAUUUUUGAUAGAAAGACAUUUGACUGAAAAAACUGUUAAAUUUCGGCCAAAUGGGUACACUAUUUUAAAUUUUCGACCAAAAGUACUACGAUGAAAUGCACACUAUCAAAAAUUCACUAUCAUUGGACCUGCACCCCAGUUUUUCAACAGCCCAGAUGAUCGAAAACCUCAAUUGCUAGAAAUGAAAGAAAAAAUUAGAAACCAAGUAAUAUUCCAGUCAUCUGAGAUAUGGCAGCAGACAUUAAAAUCAGAUAACAUAGAGUUUAUAUCUGCAACUCUACAAGUAAUGAAUUUAUAUAUUUCAUGAAUUCCAUCUGAGGUUUGUGUUAUUUUUGCUCCAUAUCUCCUAAGUCAUGCUUCCAACACUUCCUGCCAAAUUUUUGCCCUUCGAUGCCUUGAAAGUAUAGUCUCUAGGAAAAUGGACCCCAAAAAAAAGCUUCAAAUCAUUACCCAAAUUCAAAUAAUCCCUUACAUCAAGCAGAAAUAAAAUGGCGAAGUUGAUAAAAGAAGGAUUCUGAGACUCAUUCCCUAUGUAGCAGAUAGGACCCAUCAAAUGAAGCUGAAAGCAGUGCUUUCUGUCACUUUUGAAGUCGCCUUCACGGCUGGGAAAGCCUUGCUAAGUAGGAAAGAUUUGUUUCUCCUCAAAGGUUUUCCUGUCCCUGCCAGAUGGGCUAGACAGUUUUGCCUGCCAGAUUGCCUUUCCCUUAUCGGGACCAUCGGACACCUUUUAGAUGGUAGCUCUGCUCUAGGAACUAAUACAAAGAUAAGCUGUUGAGGUAAGAAACCCAAAAAAGCAGCCUUUUAUUUUUAUCAUUGAACUCCGAGGUCUAUUGGAGGCUGGCUUUUUGGAGCUGAGACAAGCCAAAGGCUAGUGGCUACUUCAUGAAUGCCAGAUUAUUUUUAACUUAACUUAACUAGCAUCAAGCAAAUUAAUUUAGAUCACAUUGACCCUUUUUCUGAUUAUCAUAAGGCAAUAGGAAUAUUGCUUAAUGCCAUAGGUGCAAACUUAGUGGAUUCUGAAGAAUGGAGCUCUGUUUAUGCUUUAUUAGCCAUUUCUAUGAAAUUCUUCAAUAUGGUAUAAUUUAUAUAGACUGAUAUAACUUUUUCAAAAAUUACUUUACUCCCCCUUCUCUGUAAAUAACCAGAUAUCUUUGCUAAUUUAUGUAAAAGAUUUUAAUAAAAAUCUUUUAAUUGUGUUUGCUUACUUAUGGAGUGAGCUAGGAUUUAUGAAGAAAUAUAUACAUUAUGUCAAAAUCAAAGAAUUUUUGCAGCCACCUGUGCCACUAACAGAUCAAGAAAGGCAAAGCAUAAACACAAUUUGUGUUGCUGUAAUGGCAAAGUGCCAAAUACCCAAGGAGUAUCAAAAUUGCAGCUUAGAGGUUACAGAAGAGGAAGAGGAGUUUUAUAAAUAUCGGGCUGAGAUUGUAGAUCUUUUUAAAAAAAUCGUGCUAAUUGAGCCUACUCAAGAUACAAUUUUUGAAUAUUUAAUUACCAUGACACAUACAAUGAUAGAGAUCCUUCAGACAUUGACUGCAGGACAGGCAGAGCUUCCUCUUUUUCUUCUCUACAAUUACGCAGAAUGCAUAAAUGAUUUUGGGGUGCAGCUUUCUACUAACACAAAAUAUACAGCUUUAAUUAAAUGCAUUUUAGACUCGGAAAUCCACAAAACUACUAGCAGACAAGUAAUAAAGCAGUAUUUAGAACUAUGUGUAAGAUUUGCUGCAUAUUUUGAGUCUCAAGAUGGUAAAUUACACUUUGUAAAAGUCUUAGAGCUUCUGCUAAAAACGAUAGGAAAUAAAGACGCUCUGAUUUCUAAACAUGCCAUUCAUAUGAUGCUAAGACUAAGCCAAAAAAUUUCCAGCUCCUUUGUUCCGUUUUUACAGAAAAUUAUUGAAAUUAUUAUUGAUAAUAUUAUAAUCUUAAUUAAAUUAAUUUACAGGUAGCUAAUUGACUAUGCAGAAAUAAACCUUUAAGAAAAGGAAUUAUUUUUAUGAAACUACCCCAGAUUUAUAUCAGACCUCUUGCUUCUUCUAAUCCUUGUGAAGCCAUUGAGUAUUCUUAUUGAUAAAUAUCAAGCAGAACUUAUAUGAUGAAGAGUCAGCCAAGAGCUCGUUCAGAGCAAUUGGGUCAAUUUUAGGGUCAAAAUCAAUGGAUAUUGACGCUCAGUCGAGAACAUUAGAAAACCUAGUUGAGUUAAUGAGGAUACAGAUUACUCCGCAUUCGUUAUGAUGUAUUGCUGAGCUGUUAUACGGGUUUAAUACAAAAGUUCCUAUUGAUAUUUCUAGUAAAAUAUCACCUGUUGCUGACUGAAUUGUAGAAAAUAUAUCAGUUUUACAGAGAAGCCAAGAGUAUUAUCCAUCCUUUAUAUAUUUUUCACAGAAAAUUAUUGAUAUAAUGGAAGAUGAUUCUAGUAUGUAUGUUAAAGCAAUUAUUACAAUAUUGAUUUCUUCAUCAAGUUUUGAUACACUAGAAAGCUUGUUCAAUGUAAUUUUUAUGCAGAUAUUGUCAAAAGUAUGUAUCAAGUAUAAAAGCGAGCUUAAUUCGACGGUUUCUCAUGAAGUUGCUCACUCUAUAGUCAAUUAUGUGAUAAAUCAUGUAAAAAAACCAAUAGAAGCAGCUUCAGAGGAUGCUCGGCAAAUCAUUUCGAUAAGGAAAAGUUUUGUGAAAAUGAUUGAUAUUUUUUUAGCGAAAAAUGUGAAUUUUUUGUCUGUAGAAGCCUUGAAUCCAUUUAUUUCUUAUAUAGACUAUUAGCUAAAUAAUUAUAGUAGCCAUUUUGUUCCAAGAUCAAACUCUAAAUAAAAAAAAAUUUACUAUAAAGAGUAAUCAGCCAAAAUCAUAUAUAACUGAGUUUGCCUUUAGCAGUAUAGAAGAAAACGUAAGCUAUAUUUAGACACCAAAAACUGCUAUCAAUAUAUAUUGAAAGAUUUUAGACAAGGCUACAGAAACAAGCCCAUAUUUCGACGAAUUUGCGUCUUUCGCAUUUCUGACUUCAUCAAAAUUAAUCCAGUCAGGAGAUCUAAACAUCAGAAGUGCAGAUGCUGCACAAAUUUCAAUGGAAAUUGCAAGGCUGCACCUGGUUUUAUUAAAUUACAUGAAACUUUCUAAUAAAGAAACAAUGUUUGUAGAAACGCUUAAAAGCAUAAUAAACCCAGAGAGGCUUGAUACUUAUUUCAAUGCUUUAAGUGCUAGCUUUGUGAACCAAUUUAAUAAAGAUCUAGAAGGGAGGAGAAACUUUAUACAGAAUCAGCAAGUUAUGAAGGCAAUAAUCCUUGGUUCUGUAGAAAAGAAAUAA